AUGGCAUAUGAUCCCUCCCACGCACCUCACUUUGGAGGUGCGUGGGAAUCAAAUAUCAAAAAUAUAAAGAAUCAUCUAUUUCGUACUAUCGGUUCUCAAUUACUCACGUACGAAGAACUAUUAACAGUAUUAACGCAAAUUGAGACAAUUUUAAAUUCAAGGCCUCUUUGUGUACUCACUGAGGAGCCAUUUCCAGAACCACUAACUCCUGCGCAUUUCAUUAUGGCAUCUCCUCUUUCGUACUUGCCAAUUGAACGCGUAUCCGAAGAUACUCGAAGUAUUAGACAACGUAAACAGCUACUUGAUCACAUGGUUAGAAGCUAUUGGAAAAGGUGGCGUUUAGAAUAUCUUAAUAAUUUACAAGUGCGACAGAAGUGGCUUGUUAAUAAUGAGAAUGUAAAACCCGGUACUGUAGUAUUAGUGCAUCAAGAUGAUGUACCUCCGUUACGUUGGCCCUUGGGCGUUAUUACUGAAACAUAUCCUGGAUCAGACGGCAAAGUACGUGUCGCGCUAGUAAAAACAUGUAGUGGUUCGUACAAACGCCCCGUUGUAAAACUUUGUUCUUUACCGUCUCAAUAA